AUGGCAAGCCAGCAACCCCCAGCUCGCCCAUGGUUCCGGUUAGCGUCAAUGGCUCGUCCAGCCUCUGCCCCCACCCCUGCUCCUGCUCCACCACCAGCUCCAUCUGCUGGCCCACCGGCUCCCCAGCCAAGGCCAACAUUUGUCCGGCCCAUAGUAACCCCAACAUUUAUUACACCAGUAACUCAGCCACCACCACCUCAAGAACCUAUCUCACCGCCUCCUCCACCCUCAGCACCUCAAGCACCUGUGCCACCAUCUCCACAGCGAGCGACCCAAGCAACUGCCCCACCACCACCCGAACCACGGCAGCCAACUGCACCACCUCCUUCCCCCAUUGUUCCAGCACCACCACGGGCUGUCGUGGCACCACCAUCACCACCACCUCCCGUAGCCACAACACCAUCUGUUCUAACAUCACCUAUCAUCAAAGCAUCCACUCCUUCCCCAAAAUCAUCACCACCAACUUCAACAACUCUUCAAAUUGCACCCUCUUCAUUGCCCCCCUCUCCAAAACCAAGAGCCAGCUAUGUUCCUUCAUCUCCUCUGCCAACAAAACCAUUGUCGCCAUCCCCAGCAGCACCAGCACCUCCUUCCCCCAUACCCGUCGUUGCCCCCACAGCCAUCACGACUGCUUGGGUGCCAACCCAAACACGCUUCCCCAAAAUUGGCGAAUUAACUCAACCAAAAGCCCCAUCUCCACCCCCUAAGGUCCCAUCUCCACAGAUCCAUCCCCUCGCUCACCCACCAUCUCCACUAACAUUACCCCCAGCCCAAUUCAAGUCUGACACGGAACACCAUGCCAACAUUCCUCCAGAAGCUGAGCAGAAAACUAUUCUGGUCCAAGAAACCAUUGGAACUACACCGAAGGUGUAUGUCAGCGGGAAGAAAAUCCCUGGAAUUGCCAUGAAUCGGAAGCAAGACCUAACAAGAGACAACAAAGCAAAAGAACACGACCAUUACAAGAAGCUAUCUGAUUCUGAAGAGUUUGGGAUGAGGGUCAUCACAAUUGCAGGUGAAAACAAAGGUGCGAUCAUGGAGUUAGGCCCUACCCCUAAUUCCCAAAAAAAACAUGAGUUUGGUGGCGGAAACCCUCCUGGCCUUCACAUGAAAGGCGACCCCAAAGGUUCGAGAGGUGGUGGAAAAUUAGGAAGUGAUGGCAGCAAUAGCAGUAACGAAGAAGGAAGGAUAAAGAGCAAGGACAAAAGUGACAAAACUAUGGCGCCAAUUUCGUCACCUCCAUUGAAGGCCUUUAUGAACAGCAACGUGCAGGGUGUGAACAAUUCGAUUCUCUUCAAUAGUUCUUGUACUCACCAUGACCCUGGGGUCCACCUCUCCCUUUCUAGAAAGCCCAAUGGUGGUGGAGGCCAUGGAAUACACAUCAAGGACCGCACAAACGGCUAAUACAAUUACAGAGAGAAAGAAGAAGAAAAAAGAUAGGGGAAGUAAGGGUAUUGAUUUCACUUUCAUGUACUACAAUAAUGGGAUAAUGUGAGUGAUAUUAUGUAGAGUUAUGGUAAAAGGGACAUGGAUAUGGAUUCUUCAGUGUUUUGCUUUCCUCUAUCAUGGAAGGUAACUGAAGAUCAAGGUCCAUGGCCAGCUUCAUUAUGUUUGGUGAGCCUGGAAUAUGUUAGACAUUUCGGAGCUAAGAAAUAAAUUGUUCUUUUGUCAA